CGGUUUCCUCUCCGGGACCAGGCGGCGGGGAUCUCAGCCGCAGACCUCGCUUCCUCCGGGGGGCUGGGGGCUGGGCCCCGCGGCCAGCUUCCCCCUUCCCGGCCGGCGCGGGACCACUUCCUCUUGUCCCGAGCAGCGAGCAGGUCCACGGCUCGGCGGAGCAGAUCCAGCGCGGCGAGGGCGAGGGCGAGGGCGGGCGGAGGCCGAUCAGGGCGGGCGGCUCCCGGGACCCCGCGCCCGGCCAUGGCGGAGCUGCAGCAGCUGCAGGAUUUCGAGAUCCCCGCGGGCCGCGAGGCGCUACGCGGGAACCAUGCCGCCCUGCUGCGGGUCGCCGACUUCUGCGAGGAUAACUACGUGCAGGCCACGGACAAGCGGAAGGCGCUGGAGGAGACCAUGGCCUUCACCACCCAGGCCCUGGCCAGUGUCGCCUACCAGGUGGGCAACCUGGCGGGGCACACGCUUCGCAUGCUGGACCUGCAGGGCACGGCCCUGAGGCAGGUGGAGGCCCGGGUGAGCGCGCUGGGCCAGGGACGGCCCUGGGCACAGACGCCACUGCCCCCUCGCCCUGGCUCGCAGAUGGUGAACAUGCACUUGGAGAAGGUGGCCCGCAGGGAGAUUGGCACCUUGGCUGCCGUGCAGCGCCUGUACCCUGGCCAGAAGGUGCUGGCCCCCGAGAGCCUGGCCCCGCCCCCGCCCUACUGCAGGAGGCCCAUCAACUUCAGCUGCCUGGACCACGUUGGCCACGGGAUCAAGGACCUGAGCACGCAGCUGUCGCGGACGGGGACCCUGUCUCGCAGGAGCAUCAAGGCGCCGGCCACGCCCACCGCGGCCACGCUGGGGAGGGCGCCCCGGAUCCCGGAGCCCGUGCAGCCCCCCGCGCUGCCCGACGGCCGCCUCUCCGCCGCCUCCUCCGCCUCGUCGCUGGCCUCAGCCGGCAGCGCCGACGGCGUCGCCGGGGCAGCCCCGCCCAAGCCGCAAGCGAUGGCCCCGCCACCUCCGCCCCCGUGCGUGGAGCUGUGCCCGCCCCCGCCGGAGCUGACCCCGGAGCUCGAAGACCUGGGGUUGCCGCCGCCCCCGCCUGGCUUCGGACUGGAAGAGCCCAGCUGGGCCCCCGACGCCUACUUGGAGAAAGUGGUGACCCUGUACCCCUACACCCGCCAGAAGGACAACGAGCUCUCCUUCACAGAGGGCACGAUCAUCUGCGUCACACGCCGCUACUCGGACGGCUGGUGCGAGGGCGUCAGUGCAGAGGGCGCCGGUUUCUUCCCGGGGAACUACGUGGUGCCCGGCUGCUGACCCGAGGCUGAGGCAGGAGGGUCUCUGAACCCUCCCUAUUGUCUCGGGGAGAGUAGGGGCCCCCAGGCCUGCUGCAGAGGGGACAGAACUGGAGCCCACGGAGCUGUGAUUGCGUCCACGGAGGGCCUCACCUGAGCAGGGCGCUGCCCCCAGCCCCAAGUGACAACUCUGAAUAAAGCUCCGCGACCUGCCCACGACUGCCUGCAGGGCUGGGGGCGGCGGUCCGGGGGGACAGGGAUCCAAGA